CAAAUGUGAUUGAGGUUUGAGGUUGACACUUGACAAUGACAACUUGAAUUGACAUUUUCGAAAUAAUUAAUGUAUAAAGCAUAGAAUUAGAAUAGACUGUAAAUACCAAGUAUUGUAAUAUCACAAUAUUAACUUAAUAAAACAAAGUAAAUUUAAAGAUUCUUACGAUGCUGUAGACACUAUUCUGUUCUGUAUAUGUGGUAGGUUCUUUUUUACAUUAAAAUUUCGAAUACAUAAAUUAUAAACUCAACUUUAAAAUGAACAGAAAACGGAAUGUUAGUUUCAUAAAGCCUGAAGACCCAGAAUUUCUAAAAGUUUUGAAAAGACAAGCUGGGUAUGAUGACAAAAAUCACAAGUUUGAUGACUUGAUGAAUGCUGAAGGAGACUUUGCCGAAGACGACGAUAGUGAGCAGCCUCAAGUAGUAGUACUUAAAGAGGGUGACUUGACAGCGGAGGAAGCAGAGGCAGAGAAGUUGAGAAUAGAUAAAUUAGAAUCUGAAACCAAGGCUGACUUAAAUCAGAGAGUAUUGUUUAAAGCUAAAGCAAAACCAACUGCAGACACAGCUAGUUCUAAAAGAAAGCAAGAUAAUAAAAGAAAAGAAUCAAAAGGAAAGAAAAGUCGUCCUGUAUUGUCAUUUAAUGAUGAAGAGGAAGAAGAUGAAGAUAAUGAGACAUAACAGUUACCUAAUUCGUAUUACUUAGUAGAUAGAAUAACUUUGAAAUAAAAUAUACCAUUUUAAUAUAA